AAUUUUGUUUUUAUUUGUUACGUUCAUCGUUUUCGUACAGAAUUGGUCAAUUUCGAACCCUCUCGAAAGAAAAAACUAGGUCUAUAAAUAGCGCUUCGAUUUCGAUCCUUCUCAUAUCAGGGGGAAAAAAGUGAUUUGUUCGAAGGUUCGAAUUGGAGCACAGAAAAAAAAGUUUUAAGAAAACCGUGUUGAUCGAUUGUUAACGCCGAUCACGGUCGCCGUUCGGGAGCUGAAAGUUCGUUGUUGUUUUCUGUCAAAUUCUAUUGCUGAUUCCUUGAAUUUCAAUUAUUUCAUCUGUGUUUACUCCUGUCACUUGUUUUGUGUAUUAUUUGCGUUAUUUUCUGUAGGUAACGUGCAUGUGUUUCUUUUCUCUCUCUAAUUUUUGUAUGCUGUUCUGUUUGAGGUUCUGAUUCUAAAUAAUGCGAGUCGUGAAUUCUGUGAAAUUUUAGAUUUUUAGCUGUUGCUUGUGUUGGUUGUGACAUGAUCAACUCUAUUUAGCUGAUUACCAUGUUGUGCUCUGCGGUUAAGAUACUCGUUUAUGAUCUUAGAAGCUAUUACUUUUACUUAGUGAGAUGGAGAGGGACAUUUUUUAGUGAUAGUCAAUGACGUAAUUCUAUAGGGUAUUACGUUUGGAAUAAGCACCUUCAACAUUGAGAAAGGAGAGGAACAUUAAGGGAGGUUUGAGCUUUCAAGGCUUAUAUAUAAGAAGUAUAUGUGUUUAAAUUAUUCAGGUUAAGAUAGUUGGGAAUCUUAUAUAAAGAAUAGGGAUAUAUGUGAGACAGUGAAAGGUUGAGAGGUUCACAAUUUAGGAGGAUGAACUUGGAUGAGUGAUUUGGCAUGUUUGGUUCCGUUUGGAAAUGUCCAAAUCGUGGUUUGGGCUCAAGGCUUUGCUCUGACCAUGGUUUUGGAGUUUCAGACGGAAAUCCGAACAUGUUUUGUAGUUUAGAAAGCUUCGAUGAAGAAGUUUUUUGCAGGGAAAUGCAGUUUGCAAGAAAGUGAAGCAUCCAGUUGCAGAUACUAGGACUUGCAGGGACAUUGGUAGUUAUUAUUUUGAAGGGGUGAGUGGCGAUUAGAUCUUUUGUUGCUUUAGCCAUGUUGUGAGAUGCAGCUUGUAAUCUGUUGUGAGAUGCAGCUUGAAGUCUUAUAGCCGUGUCCUUAUACUUAUGCUACCUUAUGGUUCGUUAUAUGCUACACGAGUUCGAUACAGCCUGAAGCCAGUUUUGAUGAUGUGAAGUUUGUAACUGGAGCUCGCCUUUCGCCUGAUCUGUAGAAACUAUCCUAUUGUUUCUCUGCCCCACCCACAAUUAAUAGUGAAAAGGUUGGCUUGAUGCUACGCCCAUUGUUUGACCUCACAUUUGAAUAGUUGACCUGCUCUCUUCCGUGCCAAUCUUCCUUCUUUCUUCUUCCAGCCUUCAUUUUUGUCUAGGCUAGUAGAAGAAACGACCCUGCUGCUGCACCCCCAAUAUCGAUAACCUACCCUUGGUUAUUGUCUUGGCAGUGAACGAGUUCUUCAGUGUCAACUGCCAAGUGACCUAGCUAACUAUGUAAAGAAGAGAAAAUUUCUAAUAAGACAAGGAAUCCACCAAGGUGCUGGAGAUAUGAAGUUCUGUUAGGUAAUUGCUAUUGUUAAGUGUCUGUUCAGGUAGGAUUAUCUGUUCAGGUGGAAUCCAAUACACUUCUGCCUAUUAAGGUAGGAUUGUCCUUCAUGGACAAUAAAAAUCGACACAUGUGCUAUUUUUUUAAUUAUUUUUUGAGAUGCCUUUGAUUGAGUGGUUUAUUGAUUUCAACAUAGGUUGGAGUAUCUAUUGGUUGGCUCAACUAUAGUUGGAUUUGGUUCUGGGACUGGGACUCGAGAGUUCAUCAAGAAAUCAAGUGAUCAUUCUGCUGUUGGUUUCUAUUUACAUCUGGCAGCUGCAAGUUUCCCAGUGCCAACUUAUAGUAAUAUAUGGAAUUCUUGUAGAUAGACUAAUUUUCAAUUGCUGAUUGGAGCUGCAUGAUUCAAUUUGUGUUGUUGUUGGUCCGCGGCAGUGUAGAAGAAAGCAACAAUACAUUCGGUGUUUACCUGGCUUGAUGGGGUGACUGAGUAUGCCUUUAGAAGUUUUAGGAUUAUUUCUAAACUUGUCCCUACAUGCAGGUCCCUAAGCUCACUCACUGCUUCUAGAUAUUUGGUAAUAUUACCCGAGGUAUAAUGGGAGAGGUGGCAGUAAUGCGCUCUGAGCCACUGCAGUUUGAGUGCAAUGAUAUGAAGCAUCUGACAGAGGGAGACGCUUAUGCCACAGAAUCAAAUGCAGAGAUUGAUCAUAGGGAAGAAUCAAGCCAAUCAACUGAUCAUGAAAAGACUAAUGACUUGCGUGAGAAAGGAUACAUGGAGUACGGAUGUCAACAUUAUCGGAGAAGAUGCUGUAUCAGGGCCCCUUGUUGCAAUGAGGUUUUUGAUUGCCGCCACUGUCACAAUGAGGCAAAAAAUGAUAUCAGCAUUGACCAGAAACUUAGACAUGACAUUCCGCGCCACCAAGUCAAACAGGUGAUAUGUUCACUUUGUGGGACAGAACAAGAGGUGCAGCAGAACUGUAUCAAUUGUGGUGUACCCUUCUUUCCCUUUUCUUUUUCAUGUUUAAUUUACCCCAUAAGACUUCUGCUUUAAUACUGUUUUACCGUCUUAUAUCUGUUUUUCUUCCAUUUGAAGCAGGUAUCAAAGCAACAAUAUCAUUGCGAUGGAUGUGGAAUUUGCAGAACUGGAGGACGUGAGAAUUUCUUCCACUGCUACAAGUGUGGUUGUUGCUAUUCAAUCCUGCUAAAAGAUAGUCACCCUUGCAUUGAAGGAGCAAUGCAUCAUGAUUGCCCCGUUUGUUUUGAGUAUUUGUUUGAAUCCAGAAAUGAUGUCACUGUUAUGCCCUGUGGACAUACAAUCCAUAAGAGCUGCUUGGAUGAAAUGAGAGAACAUUACAAAUAUGCAUGCCCUCUGUGCUCAAAGUCGGUGUGCGAUAUGUCGAAGGUUUGGGAGAAAUUUGACUUGGAGAUGGCUGCUAUACCGAUACCUGAACCAUAUCAGAAUAAAAUGGUUUGGAUCUUGUGCAAUGAUUGUUGCAAAACAUCUCGAGUUCAGUUCCAUUUUGUGGCUCAAAAAUGUUUGAACUGCAAAUCCUACAACACACGACAGACCCGAGGCCGAGACUGCUGAAGCAAGUGGGGGUAUAUUUUGAGUUGGAAGUCUAAAUCUGAUUUCACUUGAGAGUCCUGUGAAAACAACAUGUCAAGUGAAGACGUAAUGCACUUUGUGGGAAUUGGAAAAUUGCAUGCUGAUCCAAUAUUCAAUAGGAAGGACA